ACAUUAGGACUUAUAUAUUUUAAUAUUUAUGUGGUUAAUAUCGAUGGGUUCGCAAUUUAUAUGUCAUACAAUCAAUUAGACAUGCUAUUACGUUGAAAUUUGGAUGCCACUACCUGUAGUACCCAUACUAGUAUCAGCACAGUCUCGAGCAUUUUGGCCUUUGCCCUUCCAAUGCAGUUCUUGAUGGGUUCAUUAGCUACCUAUUUGGAUAUGGAAGCUGAACGGAGGGCCAAUGAACUCAAAUACGAGUGCUUGCUUUUUGAUAUGGAUGAUACUUUGUAUCCCAUGAGCUCAGGUCUCAACUUGGCUUGCCGCAAGAACAUUGAAGAGUUCAUGCUGCACCACUUGAAUAUUGAAGAAAGUGAAGUACCAAGGAUGUGCCUGGAAUUAUACAGGGAGUAUGGAACAACAAUGGCCGGUCUGAAGGCAAUUGGUUAUGAAUUCGAUGACGAUGAAUUCCAUGCUUUUGCUCAUGGAAGAUUGCCCUAUGAAAAACUGAAGCCUGAUCCUGUAUUAAGAAACCUUCUGCUUUCCAUGCCACAGAGAAAAAUAAUCUUUACUAAUGCUGACAAGGCACAUGCUGCUGAAGUUCUGCAAAGGCUGGGGUUGGAAGAUUGUUUCGAAGGCAUCAUAUGCUUUGAAACUCUUAAUCCUCCUCUUGGAACUGCUAAUUACAUGGAUGCAUUAGAUGAUGAUGAAGUUCUUGCAAGCGGUGAACCUCAGCACAGUGACCUUGAUGAUGCUGACACUAACUCCAAGCCUCGAAUCCUAUGUAAACCUUCUCUGGAGGCCAUGGAAGCAGCUAUUCGAAUUGCAGAUGUUGACCCCAAGAGAACAAUCUUCUUUGAUGAUAGUGUUAGAAACAUUGCAAGUGGGAAAGCUGCAGGACUUCACACAGUAAUUGUUGGGAGCUCAGUCCUAGUACCAGGUGCAGACCAUGUCUUGAGUAGCAUCCACAAUAUCAAAGAAGCAAUACCUGAAAUAUGGGAGGGCGAAGGAGAGCAUCUGGAACAAGUUAUCCCGUCUAGUGCUAGUGCAGUUGAAGCUCUUGUCCUUGCUUAGCUUUCUCCUUAUUUCACAAACUUAUGCAUACAAAACAAUCCUGGUACUAAAGGAUCUGUAAACUAAAGGCCACAGGUGGAGGGAAAGAUGAUAGUAUAUUUAAAGCCAUCAUAUUCAACCCGUAAUAAAUCUAACCAUAAGAGUUAGAGCUCAGUGUAAUGUAUAAGGUCAUGUAAAACCGUCUAUAACAUAAUGCCAACCUUGGAGCUGGUGGUGCUAAAGACAAAGAAGAUAUUGUAACCAUUUAUGAAUUAAAGAAAGACCUCCUUGAAAUGAUAGUUUACAAA